AUGAUCAGUCAGAUCCGACCUGAAAAGUUCAAAGUUUUGUCAUUAACCACGAUUGCAUCUCCACAUCGAGCCGAUCUCCUACCGCAGAUCUAUUACGCUCUGAAUCGGUUAAAUGUCGAAACAGGAGCAUUCUCACAACUGACUCGAAAAUACAUGACUGAGACAUUUAACCCCAAUACUCCCGACGUGGAAGAUGUCCGAUAUUUCUCUUACGGUGCUGCGGUUCAACCGAGUAUAUGGUCCGCGUUUCGACUAUCGCAUCGGAUUCUUGAACAAAGCGAGGGGCCGAACGACGGGCUAGUCAGUGUAUCUAGUAGUCGCUGGGGAGGUGAAGCGGGCUACAAAGGGACGCUCAUGGGCGUGAGCCAUCUGGAUCUCAUCAAUUGGACCAAUCGACUGAAGUGGUUGGCCGGUGAGAUAACUGGCAAUAAACGGAAAGCCCCGCCAGGGCCCGGGCGCUCCGCCGCCAUGUCCGCAAACAUUGUGUUAGACAGCCGCCACACUCAUUACACGAACUUGGAUUUCUUGUCUGGCAAGGUAGUUCUACAGCUGCCCACGGAGGCGGCUAUCGGGGGAAUACAGGUCAAAUUGGAAUGCGAGAGCCGCACACGUCUGUCGGGGCCCAAACACCCCAACCAUGUAAACUCGGACAAAAAACGGACGGAGCUCGAAGUGCACAAGAUCCUCUACAAGGUCGCUACCGUCUUCCCCACCCCCGGUGUGAUGCAAAAUGGGUCGCCCGCGCCUUCAUAUACUUUUGCUGCGGGGAGCUACGAAUACCCGUUUCAGUUCAAGUUUCCUUUUAAUAAUUCAUGCAACUCCACUAACAGCAUGCUCACCAAUUUAAAUUUCUCUGGGCUGAAAGUCGAAGUAGCCAAAGAUACCAACCGACAUGUCAGAAAGACUCUCCCACCUUCCCUGAGUGGGUUCCCAGGCGAAGCGGAUAUCAAAUACUUCGUCAAAGCUACGGUUAUCCGACCACAGUUCUACAAGGAAAAUAUCAGAUCCAAGAUCGUGCCUCUGAACUUCCUACCAAUCGAGCCUCCAAGAACUGGAAACCCCAAUGAGGAAACUUACGCUAGGCGGCAGCACCAAUUUUCUAAAAUCCAGCCAGGCUCCAAGAAAAAGAGCAUCUUCUCACGAGGGACCACUGGACUUCGUGAUAUCUAUUCAGAACCUCCCAGAGUGUCGGUUGAUGCUCGUCUUCCCAACCCGUCUAUUCUCACUUGCAACGAACCAGUACCACUCCGUCUCUUGGCCAAGAGGCUGAAUGAUGGACCGGAUAUCCUCUUUCUCCAGAUGUUGCAAGUGGAACUAAUCUCUUACACAAAAAUACUGGCACACGAUCUCACGCGCACUGAAAGUGGUUCUUGGGUGAUCGUGAGCCGCAGCAAUAUGAACAUCCCGCUAGGCAAGCCGGAGGAUCCCAUAGGCACCGAUUGGACCAUUGACCCAGGAUUAUGGAAUCGGUAUCCCUUACCCAACUCGGUGGCACCGUCCUUUGAGACAUGUAACAUUGAAAGAUCUUACGAGCUGGAAGUUCGACUAGGAAUGACCCAUGGUAAUGCCCGAGAGAUGAAGCCCCAGCUCAUCGUGCUUCCUUUGCGAAUGCCAGUUAAGGUCUUCUCUGGAAUCGCACCCCCACAAGCUCUCCUGGAUGCAAUGGCCGCAGCUUCUCUCCAACAAGGAUCCGAAAAACCCCAACCCAGUCUUCCAACGGAAACCGGAAUCGACCGGCCACCCAUGCCACCCCGACCAAGCGGCGAGCCUGUUCCCGUGAACUCAGGCGACCCAUAUGCGGAUGCUCCGCCUAGCUACGAGGAUGCAAUGGCAGAUCAUCUUAGCCCAGUGGAUGGGCCCCGCCGCGAGUAUCACCCACCAGAGGCCUCCCCAGUGGAACCUGGAGCUGAUUCCAAGCCCACAGCCCAGGGUAAGGACUCUGAGGACGGGCCCGCGGCAGAGGGAUCCUCGACGCCCCGUCGACGCGAUCACCGUUCUUCCUCGGAGUCCUUUGACAUGCUUCCUACCACACCACCAGAGUCCCAGUCUGGCUCCCCUCCUCCGUCCCCGACUAGACGCCCUGGCAGCAUGAUGAAAAUCCCUCGGAACCCUGUUGAAGAUGAAAGCCCACCGCAGUACGAGCCUGUCGGUGGCGGUCAGCAGGUUGCUCAGUCGCAGCGUCAACCUUCCAGGAAUAAUCGCCCCAUGAACCUCGGCGUUCCAAAUCGGAAACCUGUACCACGAAGUCCGCAUAAUCAAGGUCACUAA